UAUAAUGGGUGUGGUCUUAUUAACUCAUUGAUUAUCUUGUAAUUCACCAAUGUGGUACAAGACAAAUUUUAUGGUGUAAACAAAUGCCCCCAACUACUUAGUGCAUAAGGAUUAUGGACUAAGUAGUUGAGACCAACUUGACCACUUAUAUCCCUUCUCUAACUGGUCCUUGAGUAAUAAGGCUUUUCUCUACUCACCCAUGACCACAGGUUCAAGAAAACUUGAAAUUUUUUCCUCUAAAACAACACCAUGGUACCUACGUCUUUCAAGUGGCUAGCUAUGCCGCCUAUGUUGUCUUCAUUCAUGUGUAGCCACGAGAAACCCUUUCCUUGUUGGCUUAUCGUCAACAAUUCAGUGAGGCCCCUACACUUUUCUUAUUUUACAUGCUCAAGCUGGCCAUCACUCAUCUCCAACCCACGAUGCCCUUAGGUCGUGGCCAACAUCCAAAAUGGUGGCCACUUGGGACAAGACGACAUAGCAUGGCAAGACACAAUCUACGACUCGGUAUGCCAAGCCAUCACUACGAAUUGGUGGUAAGAUCUUCACAUCAAAGUCUAAUAACUUCGACUCAAAAUUUCCACUUUGUUAUUUUCUCUCUAUUUUUUCUUAUAUAGCCAUGAUUGGCUUUUAUUUAUUAAUUAAUAUAUAUGAUAUUUAUUUAUUUAAGAUAACAAGGAGUGACAAACGUCCUUGCUCUCCAUCGCCUCUGACAACAACUAAUGCGCCAAAGGUGUACACCCACUGCCAAGUCCAUGGAUUAAAACAUGCAAACCAUCCAUAUAUCACAUGCCUCUUUUCCUCCAUGGAACAUGAUUCUCCGUACAUUAAUUUUGAAUCUUCUAGCUUACCAGUGGGUUGUAUAUGAUCAACAUGUCUAGCCUUGGUGGCCUUGCAUGGGGUCUCAUGCUCAUAUGCUUUAGCCACAUCACUUGACAUGUCAAGACGACCAUGGGUUUUCCUCUGCCUUGGUUUCCUCAUGGUUGAACAUGCUUACUCUCCUCAUGUUGUUGGAGACGAUGUCCAGUCUUGACAAGUUGGCGACCACCCAUGUGGCCCACUUGACUUUGUCUUUCAACCUCCAAACCUUGUUGGCUCCUACCCUUAGCACACGACCAUCCUUGGUUCUUUGUGAGGCCAUGUCUGGUUUGUGCGUAUGAUACCCUCUUAUACAUGCCCCUAUGUCCAUCAUUCAUGGUUGGUAACAUGUAUGUAUUACUCAUGGACAUGGACUUGCCCCCCAGUUUGCACUUAGCCAGAUUUUUAAGCUUGUCACAAGCAUGUGUGGCUUGGAUUUCUUUUAGCUUAUUGGACAUGCCCCCUACCCCAUUAUUCAUGGUCGGUUCGAUGGCUCCGAGGCGGAGUAAUCAGGAAGGUGACGUUUCGGCUGGAUUCGUGGAGGAGCAGGUGGCCAACAUCGAGCAUGGCCAAGCGUCCGACGCGGUUGCCGGAGGAAACGGUGGAGCAGAGAUCUUAGUGGGGACUGCACCUGGUGGAGAUCUUGGUGAAGCUGUGGGGGGGGGGGGGGGGGGGGCUUUGUCAGAUGAUGGAGGAGAACCGCAAGAUGGUGGCUGACACCCAUCAAGCCACGGAGGACAACUGCCAAAUGCUUAUGGAGAACCGCCGCAUGUUGGAAGAGACUCGGGCCGGUACUCAUCAGGUAAAUUCUCAAAUGGACUAUCUCAAUUCUCUCCUAGAUAGACGUUUCAGUCGAUUGCUUGAAGUAGUCAACAAAAAUACAAAUGAGGUGCAUCAACUCCGAUAGUCUUUAAGUAGACCAGUAGUGCAGUCAAGAGCUUUGCCAUUAGAUGGCACAGGCCUAACGCCUACUAAUAGUGUUCUUUCUCCCGCCGGUGGUCGGAAUGGCCAACCACGGCAAGAGAACUUGCCUCCCCAAACGGCAAGCCAACCACCUCCACGUCGAGUAGGUGAUGUCGAGAUUCCUUCUACAACUCAAGUGGGCCAGUGGGGGGAUCGUCACAAGCACGCGUGGGAGUUGAAGUGGUACCCCCGCGUGGUGAGAACCUCGCCACCAUGUUCAACACUCGAGUUGAGCAGCCACCCGUGCAAGUGGGUGCUCGUCCCUCUAUCCCGGAGGCAAGACCCUACGUGGCUCCCAUGAAUUUGGGAGUAGGAGGAGGCCUAGGUGGUAACAUGGAUCAAAUCCCACCUCGAGGCUACCCAACUCCAACGCCACCCCAUUUCAAUGGGCAUGGCAUGGACCCCAUUGGAUUUGUACCAUAUGGGGGGAAACAAGGGGGGAUGAAGCGAACACCCUUAGGGAUCAGGUGGCUCAACUCCUCACGGAGUAGUUUGGCAUGGGAGUAAGACCUGCUAUGCCACCUGUAUACCGUAAGCCGUACCCAUAAUGGGUAGAUAGACUUUACCCAUUUCCAAGGGGAUUCAGAGUUCCCAAAUUUGCCACAUUCGCGGGGACUGGAGAUUAGUCCACUGUAGAGCACGUUGGACGUUUCACUGUCCAAUGUGGCGAUGUAGGAGAUUUUGUUAAGUUAAGACUAUUUGGAAACUCGUUGACAGGACCAGCUUUUGCUUGGUACGUCAACUUGCCUUCUAACUCCAUCCAGACUUGGCAAUAGAUGGAACAAGUCUUCCACGCUCAGUUUUACAGAUCUGAGCCCGAGGUGUCCAUGGCUGACUUGGCACGUAUGCGCCAACAGCCAGGGGAAUCGGUUGAGCAUUUCUUAACUAACUUCAAGAAUGCCCGUAACCGUUGUUUUGUUAAUUUGACGAAGAGGGCAUUCGUCAAGCUGACACAAGGGGGUUUGAGUUUUGAACUAAGGAAGAAAUUCCAAGAUAGGGAGUUCUCUGAUUUAUUUCAACUCAUGUCUUGUGUUGUGAGGUAUGAGUCUCUUCUACAUGAGGAAGAGAAUCGUAGGAGUGCAUCAAGGGGAUCAUACUUCCCAAACUUAGACUAUACCAUCAAUAAUAUUGGCCACGAGGCCAAUGAGGUUGAGGUAGACUUGGCUGAGAUAACUCCAGGGAAGCCUUACAUAUGUGCUUCUUUGUCUAGAGUUGAAGAGGGACCACAAGGGGGAGACCCAAUCGUGCUCCCAUUCAGCCGAGGAAGUACUCCUUUGACGUCUCCAAGGCAGACUUGAUUUUUGACCAACUCUAUAAGGAUGGUCAAGUCAAGUUGACAGGGGGGCAUGUCUUUCCCUCACCCGAGAAAUUAAAAGGGAAAAAGUAUUGUAAGUGGCAUAAUAGAAUGUCACAUGCCAC